AUGACUUCCAACGGUUUACCCAAAGUUCCCGGGGAGAGCGCGACGACAUGUCCAAUCGACGAGCAAGCGUUAAARGACAACCCGUUCCUCAAUAAGACAGUUGCACAAGUCAUCGAUUGGGCUCAAACCCACCUGCAUCCCGAGCGUAGUCUUCUCAUCAACGACCAGGCUAUUAUACUCGACGAUCGCACCGCACGAGAUAGGACUUGUCUCCUUGUAUCGGCAAAGGAGUGCUGUCGCGAACCGAUCCCUGGACUGAAGGAAGCACCAGAUGCCUGGAUUAUGAUACGCUCAGACUUUGAGUCCUCCAUUGUCACUAUCAUGGCCAAGGCGACGGGCGUGGCUGGUGAUGACCAUUUCGAGCCACUUCGUAAAGAGGGACACGAUGGUGUUGUUUUGCGCAUUCGCGAGAUCUACGCCAAGGAUAGCUGA